AUGAAUCUUAAUGCAGAAAUAACGUUGAAAGCAUCGGCUGCUCUAUUUGGUAUUUGUAUAAGAUUUGAUCCUGCAUUGACACGCUUUGCUGUUGAUGAUACAAUUGAGAUAUUAGCUUUUAAUAUGUUUAUUGAAACAUGGAUAAAUGACACAUCUUAUGCGAGGUAUUUUGAUGCUUGUGCACCAAAAGAAUGUACAUGUGCAUAUCUUUAUCGAUUUGAUACUCUAGAAAUGUUAACAACUUUUUUAAGUAUAUUUUCUGCUUUGUCUGGUGGAUUGCGAUUUUUCAUUUCACAUCUGAUUUCAACUAUUGCAAAAAUAAAAAAUCGAUUGCGUAUCAUACCAGCCCAUGGAUCAUUAACACAAACGCUUGAGAUUUGUUUAGCCGAAGGUUUUAUUCAUAGUAGUGAAAACAAAGAAAUUCUUAUUUCAAAUCUCAAGAAACGAAUUAAUAUUAAUUGUCUUAUUGAAAAAUAUCAAUGUGUCAUUGAUGAUGUUAAAGUCUUACAACAAUUUGAUGUUGAUAUUUAUACGGAUAAAGAUCUUUUUUUAGCAUGGAUAGAGGCUAGAACAGGUUUGCAUUUUCAAAGAAGUAUUAAUGAACUUGAAAUGGCACAAAAUAAAUGUAAUUGUAUUCAAUCUAUUCUUUAA